AUGACGAGUCGUUCAAAAAAAUUACUCGAUGUAAUAACAUCGAGAUUUUAUAAAUCACCUGUUUUAACAAGUGCUAUUGAAUCAGCAACUGAAAGAGCACAUAUGCAGUUGACUAAUUUUCAAAAUAUUGCUAAUAAAAAAUAUGACACUAUAAUAAGGCAAGUAAAUGGAGCAACAAUAAUCCAAGAUUUAAAAUCAGGAGCACUAGAACCAACACCGAUGCCAAAGCAGCUGGUAAUCUGGUGGAAAUGGUACCAACAGUUGACAGGUCUAGAAGAUGUUGAACUAGCGAGACAACAAAUGAUAGCCGUCCAAGAUAAAUUAUUCGACUGUCAAAAUCGUCGACGAGUUUUGAACAACCAGGCUUCUUUGAUAGCUGAUAAUUUGAAGCAAGUAUACGGUGAAUUAAUCCAAACUAAGCGCGAGGAUCCAAAGUACGUACAGCUGACAAUAAUGGAGAACAAGGCCUUGCAGGAACAGGGAAGAAUUAUAUCUCAGUUAAAUUUGCUGGAGAACGAGGAACGCGAUCAUUUUACUCAGUUAGCAACUGCCAUCAAGGAAUAUCAUGACAGUCAGAAUAUAAACGCGCAAAAGUAUAAGUACUUGUCUAUCCUGGCGUCUGCUAUUAUCGCGAUACUUUCUUUAGGUGGAUCUAUGAUCUAUAACAACAAAAGAAUUUCCGAUGUUCAUAAAAUAAUAGCUGAAGGACAGACAAAAAAUGAAAAUAUGUUUAAAAAUUAUUUUGCAAUUUUGGAAGAUAGUAUUGAAAAGAUUAAUAGCCAAAAAGUUGUGGCUGAUUCAAUUAAACCUCUUAAUAACAGCCAAAUUAAUUUACCUAGUGUUGAAAUUGUUGAACCGGCUGUUAAUUAUGAUAUAAAUAAGACGGUAGUAAUUGGUAGUGCUCUUGCCUUAUUUUUUAUUAUUUUCAAUCGGUUAUAUUCGUAA